AUGGAGGUGAAGGAAGAUUUUAUGCUUUCACCUAAUGGUGAUAGUGAACCAACUCUUAGAACGGCUCACUUACUCAAACCUAUUGCAAAUUCAAUUGAUGAACCAACUCUUGAGUUUAACCAAUUUUCAUCAUCUUUUGAUUUUGAACCAAAGGAAUGGCCUUUGAAAAUCAACUUCACUGGGUGGCGCCACCCUCAACAAAAAUGGGUUAGUUGGCUUGAUAAACUCAAACCAAAAUUUGAAUCGGUGUGGAAGGAAGUUGGAAUCUUUGAAGCUAUUAUGAACUCAAAGUGUUGCAUUCUUAAAAAUCAGAACUUACUACAAGGGGUUGUGGAGAAAUGGUGUUGUGAUACAAAUACAUUUAUUUUUCCCUUUGGUGAGACAACAAUAACCUUGGAGGAUAUCAUUGUUUUGGGAGGUUACCCUAUCAUUGGCGAUCAUGUUUUCACCAAAGUUAAAGACCAAGAAAUGAGAGAGGUGGAAAAUAAAUUGAUCCAUGAAAGGAAGCAGCUUACAAAUAGGAACGAUGGUCAUGCUUACACAUCAUUAUGGAUGGAUAUGUUCAUCGAUAAAGGUAGUGAAAUUGAACACGAAGCCUUCCUUACUACUUGGUUGUCAAUUUUUGUUUUUCCUCAUAAAAAUAUGGUGAAAAAUUGUUUGUUUUCUAUUGCUAUUAAUCUUGCUAGAGGAAAUCCAAUUGCUUUGGCACCUGCUGUUUUGGGUAGCAUAUAUAAGGAUUUAAGUUUAUUUAAGAACACAAUUAUUGAUCUGUUAAAAUAUCCGGUUGGUGGUGAUAGAUUUCCUGUUGAAUUUACUAUUCUAUCACCCUUUUAUUUGGUUCAAGUUUGGGUGUGGGAGAGGUUCGCAAAAUUACCACCACAACCCAUGUUGAUCAAUCCCAGCGACCCUUUAUUGUUUAGGUGGCAUAAGGUUCACGCAUUGAAAAUUGAUAAUGUUAAGUUGGCAUUAGACUCAACUGUCGAUGAUUUUCUUUGGCGUCCAUAUGUUAGAUAUCCUGACAAGUGUGGAAUUUUUUAUCCAAAUAACGAAAUUUGGGUACCAUUUAAGAAGGAUUUGGAUAAAAAAAUACUUUCAUUUUCUAUAUGCCUGAGAGUUUCUGAGCUUGUUGGAUUUGAGUCUAUAGAGCAGUAUCUUCCACAUAGAGUUUCUAUGCAAUUUGGACUUGACCAAGAUGUUCCGAGUUAUGUGCCAAGGUGCAACAAUAGAAAGUCUACUGCUUGGAACAACUACUGCAGGCCCAUGUCUGAUAAAAAUUUGUAUUUUCCACCAAGAUUGUUUGAGGCAGAUGUUACCAUGCGUUAUGUAAAGUGGUGGAAGCAAUCGGUGUUGGGUCGUGGAGAUUUCGUUGAGAAAAUUGUGAAUCGGAAUAGAAGUGUGAAUUCAAGGGAACAUGUUCCUGCUGAAAAUUCUGCACAUGAUUGUGCGAAAGCUGUUGAAAAUAUUGUUGCUUCUUCCAUAUCUACUGAGGAUUGUAAUCCUGCGAAAGAGUCGAACAAUGUAAUUUUUGAACAACCAGAUCUUCUGUUUCACUCUGAUAUGGCUGUUCAAGAAGCAGCUAAAGAAAAGGUUAGAGAAAAAGGAAGAAAUGAAAGUGGUCAUGAAGAGAUUUUAUUAGAAGAGGAAUACUUGAAGAAUCAAGAAGAACUCCUGUGUUUGGAAAGACAAAUUGAUUUGAAGAAGAAAAGGGGGGAAGAGUUGAGGCAACGCCUCAGUGCUCUAAGAAAUCAACAGCCACCAUCUUCAUCUUAA